AUGGCCUCUUUGGAGGAGUGUUUGAGACAAUACUUUGUUAUAUAUUAUAGACAACAAGAUGCAUUCAACAGACAACAAGCAAAGCCAUCUGCACGUGUUUUCACAUACGAAACUCCUCAACUAACCGGUGGUAAGUGUUUUAUAAUAUUCAUUUUUCUUUGUUUAGGUCGGAGAAGGUUUCUAUCAACUGAUUUGGAAAAGUUUUUGCGAUGUUACAAGCUGAUCAAGUGUGGCAGACAUUUCUACGAGUUGAUCCAAGAAGGACGCCCUUGUCGACCUUACUUUGAUCUUGAAUACUACAAGGAAUUUAACCCUUAUGCAGAUUCUAAAAAACUUGUAAAGGAAUUUAUUCAGAUUGUGCGUGAUUUGUUGAAAGAGAAGUUGGAUAUUACUUUAGAUGAAACUGAUUUUUUGAUCCUUGAUUCUUCAUCGGAUACCAAGUUCUCGGCUCAUAUUAUUAUUCACUUCAAGGACAAAGUCUUAUUGCCUUCUAAUACAGCUUUCAAGCUGUUUGUAAAUAUCUUAUGUACUAGAUUGACUAAUGCGAAGAAGUGUAUAUUGUGGAACAAAGACAAAGAAGUGUUUUUAUGUGAUACAGGUGUGUAUACCAAGAACAGAAACUUCAGAUUGGCAUUUAGCUCAAAAUGUGGGAAGAAAGAGAAGCUGGUGUAUGCAGAUUAUUGCAACUUUUACCGUAAGUAUUAUUGCUUAUAAGUUUAUAUUUUAGAAAGCAGAGGCAUUUCUUAUCCCCGUGCUACAAGAAUCUUUUAUGAUUCUCUUAUAAUACCUAAAGAUUAUGAAGAAUAUGAUGUUUUGGACCUAAAGGACCUUGGAGAAUGGCAAAGUAACUGUUUUAGUCGUAAGUUUUUUUGUAUUUAAAACAAACUUAACAGAUUUUCGUAUCUUUAUUAUUUUAUCAAUUUCAGUUAGUAGAACAGUUAAUGGAGCUACUUAUCGCAAUGUAUCGUCUGCUUCUGGACCUUCUCCUUUUCCUGUUAUCGACGCUUUCAUCAAGAAUAUACUGAUUCAAUACUGUCCAAAAAUUCAAAUCAGCAAAUGGGAGUUACUUUACUUUGAAGAGUAUAACUCCAGAAGGCUGCAACUCUAUUUUGCCAACUGUAGAUAUUGUUUCCACAUCAAAAGAGAACACAAAAGUCAGAAUAUUACGUGGAUUGUAUACCUUGAUCAGUUAUGGGCUCAUCAAAAGUGUUUUGAUGAGGACUGCAGGUGGUUUAGUUUUCCCAGAUAUCUAUUUCCGGAUUCAGUUAAGAGAACAUUGACAUCAAACGUUGUUGGUAAGCCGUUUCAAGCUAAUGCUGAAUACUGUGGUCGAGUCUAG